AUGGCGUGCCUGGAGAAGAUUGGUUUCUUGCAUUUAAAAAAAAGGCAUAAUCUUUCAAUUAAGAAACCACAGCCGGUGGAACAUGCGAGAAAACAGGCAUGUAGCCCGUAUAUUAUAUAUCCCUACUUUAAUUUACUGGAACAGGCACUAACAGAACUUAAAUUACUAGACAGACCAUCUCACAUAUGGAAUGUCGACGAAACAAGCUUUUCAAAAGAUCCUUCUAAGUCAAAAGUAGUAGGAAUUAAAGGAUUUACUUCGACGAGAACAAUCGCUUCUCCUGGAAAGGAUAAUACCACCGUCCUAUUAGGUUGUAACGCUCUUGGAGAGAAAACUCCACCGCUAAAAGUGUUCAAGGGGAAAAAUGUAUGGGACGAAUGGACAACAGACGACGGGUAUCCUGGGACAGCAUAUGCGGCAACCAGUAAUGGCUGGAUGGAGACUGCGGUUUUCGAAAAUUAUAUCGAAAAAGUUUUUUUAAAAACAGUAGGAACAAAACGUCCCAUCCUUUUGAUAUUCGACGGGCACGCAACACAUGUUGGUAUAAACCUUAUUAAAAAGGCUAGAGAAGCUGAAAUUACAAUUUUAAAAAUACCUCCCCAUACCAGCCAUCUUUUAUAA